AUGAUAAUGGAUAGCAGCCAUACACAUGCAAUACAACGAGCCUCUCCAUUGCAGGACUCGCCCAGGACCGUAUCACCACCGCAACCACAUCAUCAUCCGCAGCAUCACCAGCCACUUUUGCAACAAACUCCCAAGGAUUUACAAAUAUCAACAACUCCACCAACACCACCAAAUGAGGAUAGCAAUCAAAUGUCUCCAAGGACACCAAUUGUGACCAAAAACACAACUUUGAAGCGUUCGUUUGAUGUGGCCUUCUUGAUGAUGCCCGAUGAACGUUUGAAGGCCAGUCAGGUGUCACAGGAAAAGCAAAAGUUGCAACAACAACAACUGCAGCAACAAUAUCAACCACAACCAGCUAAACAACCAAAUUUGCGGCAAUAUCCUCAAAUCAGCGUGAGGACUCCUCGAAUUUACGAUGAUCCCACCUUGGUGAUAGCUUCCAAUGAUUGGGAGUCGCAUCCAUUGAAAAGUGCAUUUACCAAAGUCAAUUCUCGGCUCGAGUCGCCAGGACAACCUGCACCUCCCCUAAGUCCAGAUCAAUUGAGUUGCUCCUCUAUGAGUCCACCUGUGGCCACAACUCCACCCCGCUCCGCCAGUGGUAGUAGUAAUGACAUAAUUUCCAUUGAUAGUUUACCAUCAUCGCCGGCGGCACUGUCACCCACAAUGGGUUAUCAAAAUUUUCGCCCUGAAUAUUCACCAAAUGGAGCAUUUCAAUCGGUUCAAAACCUCCAGGCCCAACGUUUGAAGCAACAAUUCUUAUAUCGUUCCCCCGUUAUGAGUCCCGAACAUCAGGCUGGACCACCACCACCAGCUAGUCCUCCAGGAUUUAUACCCGUCUAUCCAGGAUUUCCAUUCCCACCAAAUGCUGGUGCUGGAAUGCCACAUCCCUUCGGUCCACUUCCACCGCCGGAAAUAAUGCCACGUAUGGUACAAAAUCCUGCCGCCGCAGCUAUUCUCUCCACCCUUAUUCCACCCACCUUGGCCUCAACAUUUACGCUGACCGCUCAAAACGUGUGUGCCAAGUGCAAUAUCAGUUUUCGCAUGACCAGCGAUUUGGUCUAUCACAUGCGUUCCCAUCACAAAAGUGAAGUAGCAUCGGAUCCAAAUCGUCGUAAACGUGAAGAGAAAUUAAAAUGCCCGGUUUGUCAGGAAUCUUUCCGGGAACGUCAUCAUUUGACACGGCACAUGACCGCUCAUCAGGAUAAGGCCAGCGAUCAAGCAAGUGGAACACCGCCAAAUACGCCACCUGGCCAAGGUGAUAAUGGUAACUUUCAACAACAGCAACAACAGUUGAAUUCGUCGCGCAUAAAUUCUCAAAGAUCUUCAGCAGCGGCUGCUGCUGCUGCCGCCUACUCGAAAUGA